AUGAAAGAAGAACAGGGUCCAAUGUGAGUUGUCUUUUAAGUAGGGGAUUACCAAUGAAGUUAAAUUUUCGGUUUUAUUGAAAAUGUAGUCGUCCGCGUUUUCCUUAGGAACAAUAAAAGUACCGUCUGUCUUUUUUUGGAAAAGGAAAGGAUCGACGAGCCCUACGUUUGCCGUGCUCUUCCCCGUCAUUAUAGCUAAGCGUAAAAAAUCACAAAUAUUCCCAUUGGUUAACCACAUUUCAUUUCCUUCCCCAUGUAACAGUAUGGGCGCGGCUUUGUACCGGGAAGCUAGGUUCUUCAAAAAUUCUACAUCUUGUUCUGUACUGUUUGCACUCUCAGCAUCUUCUUCAUCGUUAAUCAUAUUUUCAGAGUUGGAGGUAUCUUGGGGUUCUUGGAGUGCCAAAGCUAUGAUCCUUUUUUGGGCGAUUUCGUUCAAAGAGUCAGAUAUGUAUGGGAUCGGCGGAACCUGAAUAUACGGUACAAUACAUCCGUCACAAUGGAAGGCAAGUUGGAAAUUUUAAGCUUAAAACUUAAUCACAAAUAAAGAGUUUACCUUUUCCUUUACUUCAGCUGGAUACCCCAACGUCGGUGGUGGCCUCUCCAUGCAGGACAUUCGAAGGGAUUCUGACUUCUUUUGA